GGAUGAGCUGGAAUAAUACGAAUAAAAAAAAGAAAGAAUAAUACACAACAAAAAAAAUGGUGCUGCUGGAAGGGGCCGCGUUCCGUUUCUGAUUCACCGGAGUCGCCUUGCCGGCUCCAUGGAACCUACAUGAAGAGAUGGUGAACCCCCCCCUUCCGGAACUCUGCGGACACGGUGUCGCACUUUCGUCAAACCGCCUUGCUUCCUCCACGAGCAUGUCACGUGGCUAUCGCUUGAUUAACGUUUCGUUAAAUAUAUUUUAACCAUAAACACAGAAUCAGAUAAGACGUGUUAAAUUGAUUUUAGUCUUAAAGCAAACGAUCUUCCAUAACUGGCUUCCGGGAUUUAAGCGCGGGCGGAAGUGGCUAACAGGGAAGCAUCUUGCACCGUGCAGAGACAGUGAGGAAACACAGGUUAGCUAAUGUCAACAAACUGAGGUACAGCCUGUUAGCUUAGCUUAGCCAAGUGCUAACCGUAUAGCAACACUCCUGUUGCACUCGUCAACACGUUGCACGUAAAGACCCGCACUUUUGUCUUUUGUUGCUUUGAGGAUGCACGUGCAGAGAGUCGUUCUCAACUCACGUCCAGGUAAAAAUGGGGUGCCAGGUCCUGAAAACUUCCGCCUGGAGGAGUCCACUUUAGCGCCUGACCUGAAGGAGGAGGAGGCCCUGGUUCGGACGCUUUACCUUUCAGUCGACCCCUACAUGCGCUGCAGGAUGAACGAGGACACCGGUGCCGAAUACCUGACUCCAUGGCAGCUGUCUGCAUGUGUGGAUGGCGUAGGCCUCGGCGUGGUUGAGUCCAGCCGCUGCAGCUCUUGCUCUGUGGGAGAUGUAGUCACUUCCUUCAACUGGCUGUGGCAGACCCACACUGUUAUGAAAGGAAGCGUCUUACAGAAGGUUGAUCCCCAGUUGGCUGACGGGCACUUGUCCUACUUGUUGGGAGCAGUGGGACUAACAGGCCUCACUGCCCUGCUGGGUGUGAGGGAGAAGGGUCACGUCACCAAAGGGGCCAAUCAGACCAUGGUGGUCAGUGGGGCGGCUGGGGCCUGUGGCUCCAUAGCUGGACAGAUUGGCCGGCUGGACGGCUGUGUGAGGGUUGUGGGGAUCUGUGGAUCUGAAGAGAAGUGCAGAGCUUUAGUGGACGAUCUGGGCUUCUCCGCUGCCAUCAACUACCGACAGGAGGAUGUACCGGCCCGACUGAAGGAGUGCUGCCCCGAUGGAGUAGAUGUUUACUUUGACAAUGUGGGAGGACCCAUCAGUGAUACUGUCAUAUCACAGAUGAACAGCGGCAGCCAUGUGAUCCUGUGUGGGCAGAUCUCUCAGUACAACAAGGAUGUGCCGUAUCCGCCACCUUUGAGCAAGGAGACACGGGAAACUCUGCAAAGCAAGAGCAUCACCAGAGAGAGAUUCAUGGUGCUUGACUACAUGAGCAAAGCAGAAGCUGCCCUCUGUGAACUCAGCCAGUGUAUUAAAUCAGGCCAGAUCAAGGUGCUAGAAACUGUGGUGGAUGGCAUUGAAAACAUGGGAGAUGCAUUCUGCUCUAUGAUGAAAGGGGGAAACAUUGGCAAACAAAUUAUAAAGAUAUCAGAGUGAGGAUAAUCACCACGGUUCCCAGUAGCUACUACUCUCACCAGACACCUCGAGAAAUGAACCCAUUAAGGUAAUGAACUCGAGUGAGACAUUGCAUCGCUUAGCGGAUGCCAGUUGAUUGCAAUUACAAAACAGAAAUUAAAAAAAUCACAUCACGUUGUCUCUUUAUGAUCUUGAGAAAAGUAAAAUGAAAAAAGUGUUUGAGAACCUGAUAAGUAUUGAAUAUCAAAACUUUUUAAUUUAUGUUUCCAGAAAUAAAAUUUGUACUGUUUAUUAGCUCUACGGUAAUUAAAAGUGCUGUACAAAGAGUACUGUCAAACUACUGUCUGUUGGUACCAGGGCUGGUAUAUGGAAACUACUGUGUAAUGGGGUAUCAUGAUCUGGUUCUACUUACAAUGGUUAGCUGGCAAAUGUAAACAAAUUACUUUAGCUAGAGUGUGAGUUUAUACUGCAAUAAGAUUGUCAGUUUCCUUUUCUUUUUUUGACACUUUACUUUAAAUAUUAUAUAAUAAAUAUUGUCUUUCGAUUCAUA